AUGAAUUCCACUCCUCUCAAAUCUCUCGAAGGCAUCACGUCACAAAACCUCGUCAAGGAAGCCGCCACCUUGGCGGAACUGGUACUUUCAUGGAAGUUGGCGGGCCAAUUCAAGUACGAUGUGCCGCAAUGUCCAGAUAAGGUGGUGGUAGACAUUCACGUCAAAGAAGAGUUGAAUAACGACUACUGGGUGGCACGUGUCAACGAGUUUGAGGAGGUGCCCAACGCUGGCGUGGCGUCGCUCUGGAAGCAAUUGCUUCAAUACAGCAUUGGCUCCACUGAGUCCUUGGAUACUUGCCAUACCGUUUAUGAGGAAGACUACAUCGAGGAAAUCUUCAAGCAUAAUCUUCAUCCUUACGAAUUGCCCGAGCCUGCGAGCGGCUAUCAUUGCUUUACAUACUUGACGGAGCUGUUCUACAAGUUGCAGUGGCCGUUGAAGGUCCGCCGGUUUUGCAAUCUCGUUCACAUUGUUAAGUCGCCCGAUGAGAAAAGAGCGUUCGUCAUCAGCUUGGCCGUUGAUCCGUCGCUCAUUCCAAAUGCAUCCAAAGAGACACAUUUCGUAGAUGGCCAAUUCACCUCCGUCGAGAGAUUGGAAUAUGACGGAGAAGAUCUCCAAUGGUUGAUGACAACGUGCUCGGACGCAAACGGCAUGGUUCCUGGCUGGAUCGCAAAGAAGGCACUCAACUCUGCCAUCGCUAAAGACGUGCCUAGCUUCAUGAACUGGGCCCUGAAAAAGAAAGAGUAA